CGCCGCGACGCCGCGAUGGAGGAGCCGGAGGCCGGGAGGCGGAGGAGGAACUGGGCCGCGGGCACGGGCCGGUGGAUGACUCUGAGUGGCACUAGUGCUCCUCUGGCGUAGCAAGAGAAACCCUCCCAGCCCUGUCCGCUCCCUCCCGUCGUCAGACUGCACCCGAUCUCCCUCCCCGUCUUCCCCCACCGGGCAAUGCGGUGAUGUACGCACCAGAGUGCAAGGCUGAGGUGACCCCCUCGCAGCAGGGGGGCCACCGCACGUUCAGCUACACGUUGGAGGACCACACCCGGCAGGCCUUUGGCGUCAUGAACGAGCUGCGCCUCAGCCAGCAGCUGUGUGACGUGACCCUGCAGGUGCGGUAUGAGGGCGUCCCGGCCGCCCAGUUUGUGGCCCACAAAGUGGUGCUGGCAUCCUCCAGCCCCGUCUUCAAGGCCAUGUUCACCACUGGACUGCGCGAGCAAGGGAUGGAAGUGGUUUCCAUCGAGGGGAUCCACCCCCGGGUUAUGGAGCGGCUCAUCGAGUUUGCGUACACAGCCUCCAUUUCCAUGGGCGAGAAGUGCGUCCUGCAUGUGAUGAACGGCGCUGUCAUGUACCAGAUAGACAGCGUCGUGCGGGCCUGCAGUGACUUCCUGGUGCAGCAGCUGGACCCUAGCAACGCCAUCGGCAUUGCCAACUUUGCCGAGCAGAUCGGCUGCACCGAACUGCACCAGCGGGCCCGCGAGUACAUCUACAUGCACUUUGGGGAGGUAGCCAAGCAGGAAGAGUUCUUCAACCUGUCGCACUGUCAGCUGGUGACGCUCAUCAGCCGGGAUGAGCUGAACGUCCGCUGUGAAUCCGAGGUCUUCCACGCCUGCAUCAACUGGGUCAAGUACGACUGUGAGCAGCGGCGCCUCUAUGUACAGGCCCUGCUGCGGGCCGUGCGCUGCCACUCCCUCACCCCGCAUUUCCUGCAGAUGCAGCUGCAGAAGUGCGAGAUCCUGCGGUCGGAUGCUCGCUGUUCAGACUACCUGGCUCAAAUCUUCCAGGACCUGACGCUGCACAAGCCCCCGCAGCCCGGGCUGCCGUGUAGGGCGCCCAAGGUGGGGCAGCUCAUCUACACGGCCGGCGGCUACUACCGCCAGUCGCUGAGCUACCUGGAGGCCUACGACCCCAGCAGCGGGGCCUGGGUGCGGCUGGCGGACCUGCAGGCGCCUCGCAGCGGCCUCGCGGGCUGCGUGGUGGGCGGCCUGCUCUACGCCGUGGGCGGCCGCAACAACUCCCCCGACGGCAACAUGGACUCCAGCGCGCUCGACUGCUACAACCCCAUGACGGACCGGUGGGCCCCCUGCGCGGCCAUGAGCGUGCCGCGGAACCGGAUCGGCGUGGGGGUCAUCGACGGCCUCAUCUACGCCGUGGGCGGCUCCCACGGCUGCGUGCAUCACAACAGCGUGGAGAGGUAUGAGCCGGAGCAAGAUGAGUGGCACCUGGUGGCACCGAUGCUGACACGCCGGAUCGGGGUUGGGGUGGCCGUCCUGAACCGCCUGCUGUAUGCCGUCGGCGGCUUCGACGGGACCAGCCGGCUCAGCUCGGCCGAACGCUACAACCCGGAGAGGGAUGAGUGGAAGCCAAUUACGCCCAUGAAAACCGUGCGCAGCGGUGCAGGUGUCUGCGCCCUCAACAACUGCAUCUACGCCACGGGGGGGUACGAUGGCACCGACCAACUGAAUAGCGUAGAGCGCUAUGACGUGGAGACCGAAAGUUGGACCUUCGUCGCCCCCAUGAAGCACCGGCGGAGUGCACUGGGGGUCACAGUACACCAGGGGAAGAUCUACGUAUUGGGCGGUUACGAUGGCCACAUCUUCCUGGACAGCGUGGAGUGCUAUGACCCGUCAACGGACACCUGGACUGAGGUGACACGCAUGACCUCGGGCCGCAGUGGUGUCGGGGUGGCGGUCACCAUGGAACCCUGCUGGAAGCAGAUCACCAGCCGGGACUGCAGUUGCUGAGGGGAAGGGGUGGGCGUUUUCAUAAAGAAGACGGGCGAGUUGGGGCGUGGACCCGCCUCCGCGUUGAAGUGGCCGGGUCUGGGCAACCCUGCUCUCUCUCUCUCGGACCCUCACCGUGCCCUGCAGGACAGCGUCCGCCUGAGGUCUUCCAGGGGGAGGGGUUUGCGGACCUGACGGAUCCGGCCAAACCCCUGUGGUCUCCCCCCACCUCCCCAAACCGGGGAUCUGAUUGCUUCCUCCCCUUCCCCACUCUUCUGCCAAUAAAUGAAUGA